AAACCUCCAUCGAGAAAAUGACCAGGAAAGUGGUGGUGGUGGCCGUCACUGCUGCAACGGUUGCAGCUGCUGUAAUAAUAGGUCGGUGGAUGCGGAGGAAGGAGCGGCGGCGGAAACAGACGCAACGCAUUUUGAGGAAAUUUGCUAGAGAAUGCGCUACGCCGGUUUCGAAGCUGUGGAUGGUGGCGGACGCAAUGGUCGCCGAGAUGACCGCCUCUCUCGCAGCCACCACCGCCUCGGAGAGUCGCGGUUCCCUCAACAUGCUCGUUUCAUUCGCCGGUUCUCUCCCUUCAGGUGAUGAGAAGGGGUUACGUUAUGGAGCUAACUUGCGAGGCAAGGAACUUCUAUUGUUACGUGGAACUUUAGGAGGUAACGAAGAGCCUAUUUCCGAUGUACAUAAGCAGGAGAUUUCAAUCCCUGAGGAUGUUUUGAAUGGUUCUUUCAAGGAGUUGUGCGAUUACAUAUCCUUGGAGCUAGUUAAAUUCAUUGGGAUGAAUCCUGGCGAAGAAACUGAAGACGUUAAGAAUCUAGGGUUUACGUUAACACGCUAUGUCGAGGAGAUUAGGUCAGGUUCAGUCUCGGCGAUACAUAGAAAGAGUUUAGCAGAUGGUGAUGAUGACAAGGUUUUGAAGGAGUUUGUGAAUGAUAUGAAUGAAUCAUUGGAUAGACACGGUCUGAAAAUUCGGAUGAACUUGGCGCUGGUGGAUGACACAAUAGGAAUAUUAGCUGGAGGAAGGUACUAUCACAAGGAUACUGUGGCUGCGGUUACUUUAGGUAUGGGAACCAACGCUGCUUACAUCGAACAAGCUCAAGAGGUUUUGAGAUGGAAAUCAACGAAACCAAACGAGCCACAAGAGAUUGUUAUUAGCACCGAGUGGGGAGAUUUCAGAUCUUGUCAUCUUCCUCUAACUGAAUUUGAUGCUGCUCUUGAUGCGGAAAGCUUGAAUCCAGGAAGCCACGUAUUUGAGAAGAUGGCGUCUGGAGGAUACUUAGGGGAGAUAGUGAGAAGAGUGUUGCUAAGAAUGUCCGUAGAAUCUGCUCUAUUUGGAGAUAUAGUGCCUCCAAAACUCAAAACUCCUUACAUCUUAGGGUCGCCGGAUAUGGCUGCCAUGCAUCAAGAUAUAUCUGAAGACCGAGACAUCGUAAACAAAAAGGUCAAGGAAGUUUUCGGGAUCAUGGACUCAACUCUUGCGGCGAGGGAAGUAGUGGUUGAAGUGUGCGAUGUAGUAGCGGAAAGAGCGGCUCGUGUGGCAGGAGCAGGAAUAGUUGGGAUGAUAAAGAAGCUGGGAAGGUUAGAGAAGAAGAUGAGCAUUGUAAUAGUUGAAGGAGGACUUUAUGAUCAUUACAGGGUCUUUAGAAACUAUCUUCAUAGCAGUGUUUGGGAAAUGCUUGGCGACGAGUUAUCAGAUCAUGUCGUCAUCGAACAUUCGCACGGUGGAUCUGGCGCCGGAGCUCUUUUCUUUGCCGCUUGCGAUAACGUUAAAAUCUAGAUGUGAAACGAAAAAUGACAAUCAGGGCGAAUAUCAUUGUUUAUUUAA